GAAAGAAUUGUUAAAUAAUUAGUAUUUAAUCUCAUUUCUAAGUGUUAGAAAACACGAAUUUGAAAUCUUACAAGGAAUACAAAUGUAAAUAAACAAUUUUUUUUUUGUUUACUUAUAUCUAAAACUUUUCAUAUGGUAUUCUUUGUACCCUAAAUGAAGGUUAAAAUUUAUCUGAUCGCUUCAUUUGGAAGACCCUGUUUUCCCCAUACUUUAUGAUUCCUAGUAAACUUCAACAAAAUAGGAAUUUUUAAAAGCGGCCAAUUUGAGCGAUUUCGUCGGAUUACUUUUCAAUCUUUAAUAGCGUUUUUUAACUAGAUAUCUUUAAUUUGCACUCCUUUGGCUGCUAGUUUGAAAAAACUAUCGUUGUUGAAAGUAUAGCCCUUUUUCUUUGUUAUUGAAGUAGUUUUUUUAUACCUACUCUGUAUUAUUUGAAGGUUUAUAAUUUAUUAUUUCAUUUUUCAUUCAUUCGUUUCUUUCUUCCUUUUUAUUAUUUUUUAAUUUAAUCCCCUCUCGUUUUCUUCAUAAUAAUGUCUAAUGUUGACUUGGAUUGGCAAUUACAAGAGCUUGAAAAUGGAAGAGUGAUCCCUGAAGCCAAUGUGGUCGAGCUUUGCAAGCGUGUUCGUGAUAUAUUGAUAGAGGAAUCAAAUCUACAGCACAUCAAUUCUCCGGUUACUAUAUGUGGUGAUAUCCAUGGUCAGCUUCACGAUAUGCUUGAACUUUUCCGCAUAGGUGGUUCUUGCCCAGAAACAAAAUACGUCUUUUUGGGAGAUUUUGUCGAUAGAGGGUUCUAUUCUGUAGAAACCUUCCUUUUGCUAUUAACAUUGAAGUGCAAGUAUCCAGAUUCAAUCACAUUAAUUCGUGGAAAUCACGAAUCCCGCCAAAUCACUCAAGUAUACGGGUUUUACGAUGAAUGUGUUAGAAAGUACAGUUCUGCUAAUGUUUGGCGCUAUUGCUGCGAAGUAUUUGAUUAUCUUUCUUUAGGUGCUGUCAUCGAUGACAAAGUUCUGUGUGUGCAUGGUGGACUUUCUCCGAGUAUUACAAGCUUGGAUCAGAUUCGACUCAUUGACCGAAAGCAAGAAGUUCCCCAUGAAGGAGCCAUGUGCGAUUUACUCUGGUCAGAUCCAGAAGAUAUCAGUGGAUGGGGUUUAUCGCCUCGAGGAGCUGGAUUUCUUUUUGGUUCUGAUGUGGCAGAGGCUUUCAACCAUGGCAAUAACCUAUCCUUUGUUGCCCGUGCCCACCAGUUGGUCAUGGAAGGGUAUAAAAUUCACUUUUCCGAAAAGGACAAAGAAAAUUCAAGAAAGUUUAGUGAACAGGACUUCAGUUCUGAUUCUGAUCCACAAUCUCCCUAUGAUGAUACCCCGGCACCUGGUGAUACUGUUACAAUAGCUCAAAAAGACAUGGGUAGCGUAGUGACUGUUUGGAGUGCCCCCAAUUACUGCUAUCGCUGUGGAAAUGUCGCUUCGAUCUUGCAGCUUGGUGAAGAUCAAUCUCAAACAUACAAAAUUUUCGGAGCAGCUUCACAGGAAAGAAGUGGAAUUCCUACCAAACAACCCAUUGCCGAUUAUUUUUUAUGAGUAAUUAUAUCCGGAGUAUUUAUUUAUGUUUGUGGUUAUGAUCAAUGUUGUGUCGUCCUUUAUAAUAGUAUGAACCUAGUGCUCUAAUACCUUUCUUUACUUCCAGAGUAUCUUGUUUUUAAAUUUUCUUUUCCAUAAUAAUAGUAUUGUUGCAAAACUAAAAAUCUUAUAUACUUGGGGUUCUCUCCAAAUGUUACCAAAUAACCAUUUUUCGAGGUAUACCUAACUAUUUUUCUCCCUUCUGUUUUCAAAAAUACAAUAGUAUACUACUAGCAACAUCAUUAAGCACUUUCUCUGCAUAGUUUGCACCUUGCAUUUUUAAUAACCAUAACCCAUACAUCUUCCAUUGACCUUGGAAAACACCUUUACUUUCCCCAAACAGAC